AUGAGUUCUAUGAACUCCCGCUUCAAGAGCCUUGGCUUCGGAAAACGCAAAUCCGCUGCAAGCAUACAGACCUCGGAAGGUCUGACACCGAGCCCAACCCCUCCUCCAGGCCAAAUACCGCAGCUUCCUUCUCAGCAACAGCUUAACGCUCCCUCAAUCGCUCCAUCGUCUUCAACGACGACUCUUCCGAUGAAUCACCCGGGCCCCGGCAACCGUCCGCCUAGCUAUACCGCAAACUUCCCUCCCGGUCAAGCUCCUCUUGGUCGUACCAGUCCUCUCGCUCAACAGCCCAACCGCACUCCUCCAACUCAAAUGGUCGGCGGUCCUCCUCCGAUCAACACCGGAGCCCCAAUGGGCUACCCUCCCGGAAUGGCGCCCAUGGGCCAAGGGCCUCCUCCGAUGGGAGGCCCUCCUGGUUUCGGACAACAACCACCGCCUCCCCAAGGAUAUCCUCCUCCCGGUCCUCCAGGUGCUCCUAUGAAUCAGCAGUUUCAACGACCAGGCCCUGCUGCCGAAGUUGAGGGCGCUAGCAAGAGCAAGGCUCAGCUCAUUGUUGGAAUUGAUUUUGGUACCACAUUCUCGGGUGUUGCUUUUGCUUUCGCGACCAACAACGAAGCCAAGGAAGAUAUCAUUACUGAGUGGCCAGGUGCUGGUUCUUAUACCAAGCAGAAGAUUCCAACAGUGCUUUAUUACGAUCAGUACCAGAAAGUGGUAGGAUGGGGACCCGAUAUUGCCGAUGCCCUUGCUCCUACUGGCUAUCCCAAGCCCGGUGUACAAAAGGUCGAAUGGUUCAAGCUGCAACUGAUGUUGAGCGGCAACACAUACAUUGACCCUAUCAACCUUCCUCCUCUGCCUCCAGGAAAGUCAGAAAUUGAUGUCGCCGCCGAUUACCUUUUUAAGCUUCGACAGGCUAUGCGGUCAGCUCUGCAAAAGGCGUUGGGUGAAGUCUUUAACCGAGAAGAACGCAACAUCCGAUAUUAUCUGACCGUCCCUGCUAUUUGGAACGAUGCUGGAAAGGCCGCUACUCGAGCUGCUGCCAUCCAGGCCGGUUUCCUUCGCGAUGAGAACGACAACCGUCUGACCCUCGUCUCAGAACCCGAGGCUGCCGCUUUGUUCUGUUCCAAGACCGGUCUUCUGGACCUCAAGGUCCAUGACGCUGUUCUGAUUGUGGAUUGUGGUGGUGGUACCGUUGAUUUGAUUGCUUACGAGGUUGAGGAGGAGAACCCUUUCACUGUUGCCGAGUGUACGGCUGGUUCUGGAGACUCUUGUGGUUCAACAGCCCUGAACCGUAAUUUCAGCAACAUUCUCCGCACCAAGAUUCGAAAGAUGAAGCUUCCCGAUGGCUCCAAGACCGCUGGCCGAGUCUACGCCAAGUGCAUUAUGGACUUCGAGAACCGAAUCAAGGCUGAUUUCCGAAACAACGGUCAGAAGUGGGCUGUCGACGUUGGUAUCGAGGCUGAGUUCCCUGAGGCUGGUAUUGAGGAGGGUUACAUGACCUUCACCAACGAGGAGAUUCUCCAGUGUUUUGAGCCCGUUGUCAAUCGUAUCCUGGAGCUUGUGAGAAACCAGAUUAUUGCCAUCCAGGCCCAGAACCGCACUCUCCAGAACAUCCUGGUUGUUGGUGGGUUCGGUGCUUCUGAGUACCUUUUCCAACAAAUCAAACUCCAUGUCCCUCCCCAGUUCCAGUCUAAGGUUGUCCGGCCCAUGGAUUCCGUGGCUGCCAUUGUCAAGGGUGCUGUUACUGCUGGUAUCACAGAGCGAAUUGUUACUCAUCGUGUUGCUCGACGACAUUACCUCAUGGCGACUCUUCAGCCCUUUAAGGAAGGCUACCACCCCGAGGCUUAUCGUGUGCCGUCUCUCGAUGGAAAGGACCGCUGCAAGUUCACCCGCCAGAUCUUCGUCCAGAAGGGCCAGAAGGUCAAGAACGGCGAACCCGUCAAGGUCUCUUUCUUCCGACAAGUCGCUCCAGGUGCCACCCUUAUGUACGAGGAUGUGCUAUAUGCCUGCGACGAUGAUGUCUGCCCUGAAUACACCAAGGAUCCCCGUAUCAAGGAAGUUGUUACUCUCACCUCGGAUCUUUCUCGCAAGAACUUGGAGAAGGACUUCGAGAGAAUGGAUACCCCUCAAGGCACAUUUUACCGCGUUUACUUCGAUAUUUACCUGACCCUCGACGGUUCGGAAUUCAGCGCCGAACUUGUCUGUCAAGGCGAAGUCAUGGGCCGCUGCCGCUCUCGCUUCAGAUAA